AUGAAGAACUUAACGAACCCUGAGCUGGAGCACCUUGAACUCUCACGCAAAAUGUCAGACCCAGGACCAUUCUCCGACCAAGAGCAGGAAGACGCGUUCGCACUACGUAUGCUCCACCUAGGCGCGCGUUGGUGGCCAUCCCUCAAGUUCUACGAACGCCACACAAGAGACGGCAUAUAUCCUUACGGUUCAAUUUCAUAUCCUUACGGUCACCACUUCCCAUCCGACCUACAUGUUGCCUACACCCCCAACGGUUCAGGCCUCUGGGUCCUAGCAGUAUGGGCCGAGAACUCGCAAUCAUGGUUGGAGGAGUACGAUCCGCCCCGGAAGCCCGAAGACUGGGUGGACUUGGCGUAUUGCAGAACUAUGGAGGAGCGAUGUAAGAUUUUGGAAGAGUUUGGCGCGACGUUUUAUGAGGAUGUCGAGCAGUGUGAUAAGCUGCCGUGGAAUUUGGAUGAGGGUGUUAGGGAAGGCAAGAAGUAUGAGGGGCUGCUUCGGAAGAUGGAGGAUGAUAAGUAUCUCGACGAUUGGAUGAUGAGUUUGUGA